ACCAAUGUCGUCGAGCAGACUCUUGACUACUACCCACCUCCCUGCGAGCUUCAGAAGAUUGUCAACGAGACCAUCGCGUUCUGUGAUCCUCUUGAUGGUAAAACUGACGGUGUUAUUGCACGAUCUGAUCUGUGCCAUAUUUACUUCGACCUCAACUCGACAAUCGGCAAGCCUUAUCACUGUGCCGCCACUCAAGCUACAAGCCUCGGAUUCGGCUUCGGGAGUAAGCACAAGAGACAUGUGGGCGGUAGCACCAGUUCGGAGCCAGAACAAAACGGAACUGUCUCUGCUCAAGGUGUCGAACUUGUUCGUACUAUCCUCAAUGGUCUCCACGACUCCGAGGGACGUCGUGCAUACAUCAACUACCAGAUUGGUGCCUCCUUCGAGGACGCUUCGACUACCUACAACACAAAUACCAGCGCUUGGGAGCUCGAUAUUGCCUCUACCGGCGGCGAAUGGAUUGCUCGUUUCAUCAACUUGGUCGAAGCAUCCAACCUUGACAUACUUACAAACGUCACAUACGACACUGUCAAAGAGUGGAUGAUUCGAGGCUGGUACAUGUACGAAGAUGUGCUUCAGACCACAAACCCCGACCUCUCCGCCUACCACAGCGGCGGUGGCAAGAUCCUGACGUUCCACGGCGAACAAGAUGACUCCAUCCCCACUGGCUCCUCUGUCCACUUCUACGAGUCUGUUCGUAACACCAUGUAUCCCAGUCAGUCUUACAACCACAGCAUCGCUACCAUGAAUGACUGGUACCGUCUCUACAUCGUUCCAGGUGCUGCCCACUGCUCCACCAACACUCUGCAGAGCAACGGGCCUUGGCCCCAAACUUCGAUGGCACAGAUGAUCGAAUGGGUCGAGAAUGGCAAUGCCCCUAAGACUUUGAAUGCGACUGCCAUCUCUGGAAAUAUGGCGAAUUGGCAGCUUUGUAGCUGGCCUCUGCGUCCCAUGUACAAGAACAACGGCACUGAAGUUGUUUGUGAGUACGAUCAGGUUAGUAUCAAUACUUGGAUGUACGACUUUGAUGCGUACAAGUUGCCUUUGUACUAG